GCCCCCCCCCCUCCUCAUCCAUCCACCUCUCUCUCUCUUGCUUUUAAAUGUCUUCCUUGAGGAGGAUGGUAGUUUGACUCUGAGCACAAACACACACACAGGGAGAGAGAGACACAAGCAAGCAACUGAGGACCCCCCCCCUCUACAAUCUCUCCCCAAAAUCAGUCGAUGGUCAGCCCUGCUGUGCUCUCAGCUGCAGCCCCCCCCCCUGUCAUCACGCACCUUGGCACUUGAUGUUGUUGGUGAUCAUAUAUCUGAUGGAGGACAUUGGUUUUUUUUAAUUUCCUAAAAACAAAACCAAAACCAAACCAACCUCUCCCGUCCCUUCUUCCUCCACCUCCACCUCCUCCACCACCACCAGCCUUCAUCACCACUACCAUCAUCAUCCUCAACCCCCCAUCACCCCCCCUCGGUUAUUAUUAUAUUGAUUUUUGGUCGUCCCAGGGUCGAAAGAUGGCGGACCUCGAAGCAGUACUCGCCGAUGUCAGUUAUUUGAUGGCGAUGGAGAAAAGCAAAUCUACUCCAGCAGCGCGAGCGAGUAAGAAAAUCAUCCUUCCUGAGCCCAGUAUUCGCAGUGUGAUGCAGAAGUACCUCGAGGAAAGAGACGAACUGACAUUUGACAAAAUCUUCAACCAGAAGAUCGCGUUGACCUCUCCGGGAGGUGAAGUUGAGUCAGAUCGUCUUUAUUCUGCUUUUACAAACGUAGCAACCACACCAUACAUCGUGGAGAUCUGUGACAGCUUGAGAGGGAAGAUCUUCCACAAGUUCAUCGAGAGCGAUAAAUUUACUCGUUUCUGCCAGUGGAAGAACGUGGAGCUCAACAUACAUCUGACCAUGAACGACUUCAGCGUUCAUCGGAUCAUCGGCAGAGGAGGCUUCGGAGAAGUGUACGGCUGCAGGAAGGCCGACACGGGGAAAAUGUACGCCAUGAAGUGUUUGGACAAGAAGAGGAUCAAGAUGAAACAAGGAGAGACUCUGGCGCUCAACGAGAGGAUCAUGCUGUCGUUAGUGAGCACGGGGGACUGCCCGUUCAUCGUGUGUAUGACGUACGCCUUCCACACCCCCGAUAAACUCUGCUUCAUCCUGGACCUGAUGAACGGAGGAGACCUGCACUACCACUUGUCUCAGCACGGAGUCUUCAGUGAGAAAGAGAUGCGUUUCUACGCGGCUGAGAUCAUCCUCGGCCUCGAGCACAUGCACAACCGCUUCGUCGUCUACAGAGACCUCAAGCCAGCUAAUAUCCUGUUGGAUGAACACGGACAUGUUCGUAUCUCUGAUCUCGGUCUGGCCUGCGACUUCUCCAAGAAGAAACCCCACGCUAGUGUAGGGACUCAUGGAUACAUGGCUCCAGAGGUUCUUCAGAAAGGAACAGCGUACGACAGCAGCGCCGACUGGUUCUCUUUAGGAUGCAUGCUGUUCAAACUGCUGCGAGGGCACAGUCCCUUCAGACAGCACAAGACCAAAGACAAACAUGAGAUUGACCGCAUGACGCUCACCAUGAAUGUGGAGCUGCCGGACUCGUUCACCGCUGAGCUCAAAGAUCUGCUGGAGGGUUUACUGCAGAGAGACGUCUCUAAGAGGCUGGGCUGUCAGGGCAGAGGAGCCCCGGAGGUGAAGGAGCAUCAGUUUUUCAAAGGCAUUGACUGGCAGCAGGUGUAUCUGCAGAAGUACUCUCCUCCUUUAAUCCCUCCCAGAGGAGAGGUGAACGCCGCGGAUGCUUUCGACAUCGGCUCGUUCGAUGAAGAGGACACGAAGGGCAUCAAGCUGCUGGACAGUGACCAGGAGCUCUAUAAGAACUUCCCUCUGGUCAUAUCGGAGCGCUGGCAGCAGGAAGUGGCGGAGACGGUCUACGAGGCCGUUAACUCCGACACGGACAAGAACGAAGCUCGAAAGAGAGCCAAGAAUAAACAGCUGGGCCACGAAGAAGACUACGCUCUAGGGAAGGACUGCAUAAUGCACGGUUACAUGCUGAAGUUGGGGAACCCGUUCCUGACUCAGUGGCAGCGCAGAUACUUCUAUCUGUUCCCCAACCGUGUGGAGUGGAGGGGCGAGGGAGAGUCACGGCAAAACCUUCUGACGAUGGAGCAGAUCGUGACGGUGGAAGAGACGCAGAUUAAAGACAAGAAGUGCAUCCUGCUGCGUAUUAAAGGAGGGAAACAGUUCGUUCUGCAGUGUGAGAGUGAUCCAGAGUUCGUGCAGUGGAAGAAGGAGCUGACUGAGGCGUUCACAGAAGCUCAGAAACUUCUGCGUCGCGCUCCUAAAGUCAUCGGGAAAGGCCGAGCCGGAGUAGUGGAGCUGUCCAAACCUCCGCUCACACACCGCAAUAGCAACGGCCUGUGAAUACACACACACACACAUAACAACACACACACACACACCUUGACACACACACACAUACACACACACACACACUGCACCCCCUCCUUCCUUUUACUCCUUCCUCAUCUUCAGCCACAGGACGAUUCCCCUCACCUACAUCAUCAUCACCGCCCGCCCACCACGCCUCGCAGUGUGUGUGCGGACCACCAGCCCUCACACACACACACACACACACACACACACACACACACACACACACACACACACACUCGACAUUAUGACCAAUCAUAAGCGCGAUAUAGUUUUUUUUUGUGGUUUAUUUCUGCCGUGGGACCUUGCCAGUUGCUGAGAGGAAGAACGGGACGACGACGACGAUGACGAUGAUGAGGAAGAGGAGGAGGAGAGAAACAAUUCGGGCCGACUCAGCAUGUGACGAACCUCUGCAUGAAUGUGACGCCCCCCCUCUCU